GACAGUGACCAAGAGUUCGAGCACCUGCUGAAAGAGCAUGAAAAGCAGUUGGAUGAGGAAGAGCGGGAGAAGGAAGAGCGCCGAGCAGCACGCGCGCGUGCGGCCAAGAAAAAGGGCAAAAAGAAAAAGGGGGAGGAUGGAUAUGAGACCGAUCAUCAAGACUACUGUGAAGUGUGCCAGCAAGGAGGCGAGAUUAUACUGUGCGACACGUGUCCUAAAGCAUAUCACUUGGUCUGUCUGGACCCGGACAUGGAGGAACCACCGGAAGGCCGAUGGUCUUGUCCAACGUGUGAGGCCGCGGGCAUUGUGAAGGAGGAAGAGGAGGAGAAGAAAGUCACCACAAACAUGGAAUUUUGUCGAAUUUGUAAGGAAGGGGGCUGGUUAUUGUGCUGUGAUACCUGUCCGAGUUCGUUUCAUGCCUAUUGCAUAAAUCCGCCACUUACCGAAGUCCCAGAAGGAGACUGGUCUUGUCCACGUUGCUUAUGUCCGGAACCAAAAAAUCGCCCGGAGAAGUGUCUUUCAUGGCGUUGGACCGAAGUCGCUUAUCCGCCACCAAUGACUGAAGAAGAAUUGAAGGAAUUUGAAGCGCAAGAAGGCGAUCGAAAAAUUGCUCUAAAGCCUCUCAAAGAACUCCCAAAUCGCAGAGAGCGAGAGCUAUUUAUUAAAUGGAAAUACAUGAGUUACUGGCAUUGCGAAUGGUUUCUGCGGAUGUUUUGGCGCAAGAUGGAUCCUGAAACACCACCGGAAGUUGAUGACGGUAGUCAGGAAGAUCUUCAGACUGGAAAAAUUGAAAAUAAGGAGAAGGAGAAGGAUCCACACAAUCUUGAGGAGCGAUUUUUCCGCUACGGUAUAAAACCGGAAUGGAUGCAAGUACAUCGAAUUAUCAAUCAUGUGCAGUAUGGGAAAACACAGUUCGAUUAUCUGGUGAAGUGGAGGGAACUGGUUUACGAGCAGGCCACUUGGGAGCGCGAUGACUUCGAUAUUAUGGGCUAUGAAGAAGCGAUUAUGAAGUACUGGACUCAUAGACAGCGCAUGAACGGUGAUGUAAUUCCGAAGCAUAUUGCGAAGAAAAUAGCUCUGAAAAGAGUAGAGGAAGGCAAGGAUAAGGAAGAUGAGGAUGAGGAGGACAGCCGAAAGAAGAAAAAGAGGGAACCGAAAAGCGACCUUCGGAAGAAAUAUGAAACGCAGCCGGAUUUUAUUACCGAAACAAGUGGCAAAUUGCACGAUUAUCAGUUGGAAGGGGUUAAUUGGCUGCGCCACUGCUGGUCCCAAGGCACCGAUGCAAUUCUGGCCGACGAGAUGGGCCUCGGGAAAACAAUUCAGUCGAUGGUGUUUUUGUACUCGCUGGUGGCAGCCCCACUGUCAACACUGAUCAACUGGGAGCGCGAAGCUGAGUUUUGGUGUCCCGAUUUCUACGUCGUCACAUAUGUUGGUGACAAGGAUAGCCGCACUGUUAUUCGGGAACACGAGUUUUCAUUCAUCGAAGGAGCGGUGCGAGGUGGAGUGAAACCGUCGCGUAUGAAAACUGAUCAGGGCAUCAAGUUCCAUGUUUUGCUCACCUCUUACGAGCUUAUCAAUAUUGAUAAGACGAUCCUGUCUUCAAUUGAAUGGGCUGGCUUAGUGGUCGACGAGGCGCACCGUUUGAAGAAUAACCAGUCGUUGUUUUUCCGUACAUUACGCGAUUUUCGAAUUAACUACCGUUUGUUGCUUACGGGCACACCAUUGCAAAACAACUUGGAAGAGCUCUUCCAUCUGCUGAACUUCCUUUCACCUGAAAGAUUUUACGAUAUGGACUCGUUCACGCAUGAAUUUGCUGAAAUUUCAAAGGAAGAUCAGAUCCAGAAGCUUCACUCCUUGCUGGGUCCGCAUAUGUUGCGUCGCUUGAAGACUGAUGUGUUGUCUGGUAUGCCGUCUAAGAGUGAACUCAUUGUUCGUGUGGAGCUUUCCUCAAUGCAAAAGAAAUACUACAAGAACAUACUGACGCGGAAUUUCGAAGCACUAAGUCCAAAAGGAGGUGGUUCUCAAAUAUCGCUUCUUAACAUCAUUAUGGACCUUAAGAAGUGCUGCAAUCAUCCGUACUUGUUCCCAAAAGCUAGCAUCGAGGCACCGAAACUGAAGAAUGGAAUGUAUGAAGGCGCCGCGCUGGUGAAAGCCUCCGGGAAGUUCGUGCUGUUGCAGAAGAUGCUGAAGAAAUUAAAGGAUCAAGGACAUCGUGUUUUAAUCUUCUCUCAAAUGACCAAAAUGCUGGAUAUUAUGGAAGAUUUUUGUGAAAAUGAAGGAUACAAAUAUGAGCGCAUCGAUGGCUCAAUCACUGGACAAGCACGUCAGGACGCAAUCGACCGAUUCAAUGCUCCAAAUGCGCAGCAGUUUGUAUUCCUGUUGUCAACAAGAGCAGGUGGACUGGGAAUCAAUUUGGCCACUGCAGAUACUGUUAUCAUAUAUGAUUCUGACUGGAAUCCACAUAAUGAUAUUCAGGCAAUUCUUUUUCCCUUCGCGUUCAGCAGAGCGCACCGUAUUGGACAGCAGAGAAAAGUGCUCAUUUAUCGGUUUGUUACGCGUAAUUCAGUGGAGGAACGGAUUACAUCUGUGGCAAAGAAGAAGAUGUUAUUGACUCAUCUGGUCGUUCGUGCUGGCAUAGGGCAAAAGGGACCGUCGAUGAGCAAAAGUGAAUUGGACGAAGUAUUACGCUGGGGCACCGAAGAGCUUUUCAAGGAAGACGAAACAACCACUGAGGGCGAGCAAGGCGAAAAGAAGACUAGCGAGCAGGAGAUUAUUUGGGAUGACGAGGCGGUGGAAGCUCUGUUGGAUCGAUCGGCUGACGACCCAAAGGAAAAAGCGGGCGAGAAGAAAGAGCACUGGAGCAACGAAUACCUUUCCUCGUUUAAAGUUGCGCAGUAUACCACUCGGGAAGCGGACGAAGAGGAGGCCGAAGAGGAAGUCAGUAUUUUUUUGAGUGGAGUUAACUUAUCAAACUGCUGUCACGCGUUCAGAAUGUUCCUGAUUGUAAAAUUCUGUCUUUUGCAUAUGGCAAGCGGUAUAUUAAGGAGCCUGGCGUAG